ACUUGUACGGAUGGGCAAUGUCCCAGUACAUGCCGUACGGUGGGUUCAACUGGGUUGAACCCACAUUGAAUGGAUUACGUGAUUUAGAUGAUACCUCCCCCAUAGGACGUGUAUAUGAGGUGGACGUAUCUUAUCCGAAAGAGCUGCAUGAUCAACAUAACGACCUGCCUUUCCUUCCACAAAACAGUGUGCCAAGUGGUUCGAAGGUACGGAAGUUGAUGGGGACGUUCGAGGAGAAAAAAAAUUAUAUUGUGCAUUACAGAAACCUGCAGCAAGCGAUUAAAAAUGGAUUGAUAGUUGAAAAAGUACAUAGAGUAAUACAAUUUAACCAGUCUGACUGGCUGGCUAAAUAUAUAGAGUUGAACACUGUGAUGAGGAAGAAGGCGAGGAAUGAUUUUGAAAAGGACUUUUUUAAAUUGAUGAAUAACGCUGUGUUUGGU